AAGAAUACAUUAUGUACAUGUACGUGUAUGUAUUUAGUUUUAUUGUGUUGUGAUUUUUUUUAUUAUUUUAUUUUGUUUUUGCUGCUGUUGUUUCUUUCCAUGCUGCGAAAUACAUACAUUGCUUUUGCAAGAGGGCUGGUUGUUUCUCUCUGAUGUUGUUUGGUAGUGUAGGAAAACUGUAUCUUUGGCAUUGUGUAGCUAUGUAAAUUGUCAGUAUUGGUGUUGUUGUUUUUCUUUCUAUUAUUAUUAUUUUGUUUUUGUUUUUUUUUUGUUUUUUUUUUUUUUUGGGUGAUAUAUACAAUUGUAUGUUGUUUUCAUACACAGUUUAUUUGUACGCUGUAUAUAACAACGGGUUCAGCCUUCUUGUAAAUUUAACAUUUUGCUGCUGUUCUUCUUGCUUUUUGGAGGUCUGACCAGCGUGUGGUAUUUUAUAAAUUGGCAUUUCAUCGUACGACAGCUCCCAAAUCGGUUGUUAUUAUCAACAACGGUUCAGGGUUUAUUAACAGUAUAAUAACAGUGCGAGCACAGUUACUAUUAGUGUAGUGUUGUUGUGUAUGUAACAUGUGCGGUUAUUGUAUCAUUAUUUAAAAUCCGUUGGGAAAAAUAAAAAAAUGAUUUUUCUCUUCCGGCAUAUUUCUAUUUCAAAGAUUACUGCUGCUGUUUCUGUUGUCAUCGUCAACGUUACACGUUAUCAUUAGGCCGGAAACGGAAACGGUUUUCGUUACUAGAGGCGCGUUUUGAUAUAAUCGCCUUUGACACCAUAACAAACCAUCAACCAUUACCACGCGCCAUCAACAACAACCUAAAUUGAGUUAACAACACGCACGGCUACCCUUAUAGAAAACGAUGAAGUAAAAAAAAAAAGGAAAAAAAAAACAAGCAAAAAAAAAGUGUGAACAUUUAAACGAUGUGUGAUUUUAUCGUUGAAACUAAUACACCGGCAAUGUAACGACUGGCUGCUUCAUCGUUUCUUUCACUAACUGCCUGCCUGCCUGACAGGCUGGUUGGUUUGUUUGGUUGGCUGGUUAACUGGUUAACGGUCACUUAAGUGACUGUUAAUUUUUGGUGUGUUAUUGUUAUUAUUAUUAUUAUUAAAUGACUACUUUACAAAAGUUAAUUUCGUGAACAACAAAUCAUAAAAUGAUUUGUUUUCUGCUUGUGUGCGUAUUUAUUGUGUACAACACUAGCGCUAACAACAAUUGACUAAAUUGACUGCAUAAUGAAUUUAUAAAAUAAUUUUGAUAAUUAAUUAUUAGGUAUUGUGAUAAUUUUGUGUUAUUGAGCACUUAUAAUGUUAGAAGUAGGGACGGCAGUAGUAGUAGUAGUAAUAGUAGUAGUUCGAUACGACAUGAUAGGAGGUGUUUAUUUAUUAUAAGCAAUAAAAUUGCUUUAAUAGACUGAUUGAACUGCAUAACUGUAAGUUAUGAACAGAAACUUGAAUUUGUCUUAAAAAAAAAAAAAAAAAGAAACUGUGAUAGGAACUAUAAGACAGUGCGCUUGUAUUUAAAAAAACGUUUUAAAAACAUUUAAAAAAAAAACGAAAACAAUCGAAAACCUACUGGGGGUAAUAAGUGUUAUAUAUAAAAGCAGGUUUCAGAGACGGCAACUGUUAGUUUCUCGCCUGUAUAAUGCAAAAACGACCAGUAAAGCUAUCCGUGCUUUCGACAAAAAUUUUAGUUUAGAGGUUUUUGCUAACCCUGAUCGUGUGGGAACAUGUUUACACUAACACCUUACAAUUACGAUACCAAUCGAAAGAGCAAUUACGAGCCUAAUCGUCAAAGAAGCUAUAAUUAUUGUAGAAACAACGAAUUUCCUCAACAUAAUCUUCAACGAUCCUCCACCACAUGUACAUUUAAAAACGGUAGUAGAUGGAAUGGCCGUGGAGGGUAUCAAAAUUAUAGCAAUGAUCGUUAUCGUUUUUACAGCAAUUAUAAGCAGGAUAAUAGAAAUUAUCGCAACGAAUAUCAGAGUCAGGAAAAUACCACAUAUGCAAAGAAUUCUAAAACUAACUCAUAUCAAAGUUAUGAUCUGUAUCGCAAUAACCGAAUUAAUAGCUUUCACAAUAACAAUAAUAAUAAUAAUAACGAUAAAAAUGAAAAUUUAACUCAUAAGAAUUCUCAGUUACCGCUAUCGUCUUUAGAUACUGUGAUCAAAAAUAGCUCGAAGCCGAGAAUAAACCGCAAAAAAUCAUCAAAAACAAUUUCGACGGCGAAACAGACAAAAAAUUCAAAAACUGCGGCAUACUAUCAGCGAAAAUUUGCCAAAGCUUCAAGAACCGAUACAAAUCUAAGCAAAAACGAACGUGCUCGUAGCAAAAAAACUUCAGCGAAGGAAAGACGACAACACACUGCUAAUCAGGUCAAAAGCUUUAAUAGGGAAUCGUCUAAAGUCCAGAGUGUAAGGGAAACUUGUGAGAAAAUAAAAUCUCAACCGGUUAUAACUUGGCAGUUAGAACAAAAGAAAAAUUCUAGCAAUUAUAGUGGUAAAAUUAAUAGUGAAUCUAUUAAGUGCAACGUAGACAAGAAACAACAAAGCAUCCACCAACAGUUGAUUGAAAUAAACGAUAUAAAGGAUGUAAUCGAAGCUCAGCCUUGCAAUACAACUAACGAAGACGUACGAUAUAACGAAAGUGUGGAACAAGAGACUUCGGUUAUAUGUAACAAAUCCUUAUUAAAUGCAUUAAAUGACAUUCCUUUACCAGAUGAAAAACUCGUAGAACCUUUAAAUUGCUCACAAAACGAAAAAAAGCCCAGAAGAUCAAGUCUCGUGAUAAAUUCAGAAGAAGAGAUAGACGCUUUAAAAUUAGUGCAGUCACCUGCUAAUACAACAAAUGUAAUAAUAAAUUGCCAGCAAACUGCAGAAGAGGACGCACCCAAAUUGCCGCAAAUAAAAUUAAUACCUUUAAAACGUCUUAUAGCAGAGGAAUUUUGGGAGCUCGCGGCAGAUGAAUCGUACGAACCAGCCAUUCCAAAUACAGCCAGUAAACAAAUCGUCAAACCGAAUUUAAUUAGACGUAAACGAAACUAUUCAAGCUGUAGCAGUAAUUCCAUUGCUAAUACACCGGGAGAAAAGAAAAUUGAUAAACUAUUGGCUAUGGAUAAAAUAAGUAUAAAAAACGUUAUCAACGAUACUGAUACCAAGUACGAUGAGGCAUUGAAAGCCCAAGCUCGUAAGAGAUUGCGAGAAGAGAUACGACGUCAGUUAAAGGCGAUAAGCUUCGAAACGCCAAAACCUCAACAAAAUUUCAACUUCGUACCCGAUGAAGUUGUCGAUUCCAUUCACAUACCUGACGUAGUUCUAGAGGAAAUAAAAAAAGCACUUGGCCUCGAUUUGCUCAGUGGAGACGAUGCAAAGGUAAAUGGCGUGGAUUUUGAUUUUAAUCUGUUCACAAAUGUGGAAGUUGAAGCCAUCGCAACUAACGUAACGGAUUCAGGCAAAGAUGGAAAAGUCGCCGAACAUUUUAGUUUGGAACCAGUUGACUAUACGCAAUCAGCAACAGCUUCAAUAGCUAAAACAAAAGAAAGUUCAAUUUCCCCGAAAACGCCAACAAGGAAAUUAACGCCAUGCGAUAAGCUACUUGAAGUGGUUAUGAAAAUUUCUCCGAAGAUAAAAGAAAACAAACGUCCGCGUUCUUCUAGCACUUCUCCAAGCGAGAAACAAGUAGAAACGGAUCAGAAAAUAACAAUUAAAAAAGAGAACAUUGGCGUAGCGGGAAAAUGUAAAAAGAAAGAAGCUGCUGCUUCUGAAAAAACUAAAAAGCUUACUAAACGCAAAGACUCCCGGAAAUCAUCAAAAAGUCGUUCACCUAAAGAUGUUAAAGGUAUCAUAGUCAUCGAUUCGUCAUCUUCUUCUGAAAGUAGCAGUUCGUCUUCAUCAUCAUCAUCAUCUUCAUCUUCGUCGUCCUCCAAUAGUUCCUCUUCAAGCGAUUCGGACUCUGAUACUCCGACUCGCAGCAAAGCUUCGACAUCCAUUAAGAAAAGGCAUUUAAAGUUAAAAGCUGAAAACGUGAUCGAUAGCUUUGAAAAGCUCGUAUUGCCUUAUUUAAGUGAAGCUCUCGCCGAUCGCUACCACUCAAAAUAUUCGUUAUCUAACAAUUGGAAAUUACAUUUCAUUUCUUGCAUUUGCGCCAGCGAUUACAACACACAGAAAUUUUCAAAGCUUGAAAUUUCUAAAAUCCAAAAAAGUCUUAAAUCUUCAGACCGUUCCGUGGCUUUGAGUUUUCUAACAAAACAAAUUGAAAAUGUUUACAAUAAACAGAAACAAGUAACAAAACUGGGUCAGGAAAGUAAAAAGAUGGAAAAAGGUCGACCGUCGUCUACCAACUCGACUACGCCAGAGAGCAAUGAAAACGCAGCCAACAAAAACACACACAAAGGAUAUGAUAACAAACUAAAUGUCCAGACAUUGACGACGUUAAUGAAACCUAAAAAUGUCGAUGCAGCGGAAAAAGUUUCAGUGACUGGUAGUAACUCUGAGACAGCUUUUGAUGACAAUCACAUAAAGAAAUGCGUGUCUAGAAUGUUGACGCUCUACAAGCAGGAAAUGAAAGCCGCAUUAGAGCAAGUUAAAGAGACAGAGAACGUAACCGCAACAACCCCCCAAACAACAGAUACCAUACAGAAAUGUACAACAAAUGAGCAAAACUUAAGCGACGCUGCGGCAAAAGAUGUUGAGCAAGCAAAAAUCGUUAGCGAAGAACAUCAAACAGAUGCAAAUACUUUGACAUCUAAUUCCACAAACAACAGAGAAUCCAAUAAUGUUAAUGACAUUAAUCAACACAAGCUGCAGCAACUCGAAAAAGCGACACGAGAAAUUUUAGAGCAGCGACAGCAAAAAUCUUCGAUUGAAAAAAAAUGUGAAAAUGAAAAUAAUUUAACUCAAAGUAAGGCAUUAACUGCUUUGGAAUAUAAUCCGUUGGAAUAUUCAGGCUUCAAUAUGUCCAGUUCUGCAUUAGUACAGCAUCCCGCACUCACCUCAGUUGAUUUAGAAGCUCUUAGGCAAAAAAUCCCAAUUGGCGAAGCAGUAGUCAGUAGUUUACGUGAAAUCGAUGUCAAACUGAUGGAAUUACAUAAACGGAAAAUGUUCAUCGAAGAAAUGACAUUAAAACUGCAAAAAGAGAAAAUGGAUAUUGACCUCGCAACGAUUAAAUUGCAAAAUGAAAAAUUCAUUUUACUUAAUACGGCUAUGACUGCAAAUGCAGCGUCAACCGAUCCGAAUGCUAAUGGAAAAGUGGAAGCGGCUCUUUGGUUAAAAAAAAUCAAAAUGGAAAUUGACAAGGACCGCGUCAACGCUAAAGGAAAUAUUGUAACAAAAACAAACACUAACAAGAGCACUGAAGCACGCAAAAACCCUAAUAGCUUAGAAUCAACUGCGCCGAAACGUACAACCAUAGGAAAAAAAUGUACGAAAACCAUUUUGAAACGUAAAACAGUAAGCGUUCCAACCAACCCAUCCACUAAAGCGAAACGUCCUUGCCAACGAAAGGAGAUCGCAAACAAACCUCUCGUGAAGGUCUCAGAAAAGGCAGCAAAUGUCGCCGAAAUCAGUGUCAGCAAUACUGCCAAACCAGCAAAAUGCUUCAAUGAUAUAUCCACUGGCAAUAUUGAAGGUAUCCGCAAUCCUAUCACUCAAAUAAAAGUUUAUGAUAAGAAUAUAAUAGCGGCCUCAGAAGAUGGGAAUCUGUAUAAGUUUGAUGUAAAAACCUUAAAAUUACUAAACCAAUACGCUAAACAUAGUGAAGCUAUAACAUUCAUGCAACUCUGUACGGAUAAACAAGUUAUCUACACGACGUCUUUAGACGGUUAUGUCAAGAAAACAUCACUAGAGAAUUUUGAGCCAGAUGUACAGGCGAUAUACUUGCAAGAACCUUUGCAAUCAAUUGAUGUGCAAUGGGGCAUGGCUUACAUUGGCAGCAGAUGGGGCAACGUGUUCACGUUUGACGUUACGAGCAACAACGCAACCGGAUUAUUGCUAUGCUCCCUAACCUCUUCAAUUAUAGCUAUUAAAGCUGCUGAAGAAGACACUCAUAAACUACUAAUUAUCUCAUCUAAGGGCAAUUUAGUGCAAUUUCAUGACGCUACCAGCGGCCAAAUGUUGCGUACUUUGAAUGUACCCGAAUCUCUCAAUAUCUACAGUAUCCUUUUACUCGAUAAUAUUAUCUAUUGCGGCACACAGAAAAAGGAAAUCUAUAAAUAUGAUUUUAAGACCGGUUCACAUUUGGGUAUUUUAACCAGCGGCAAUGGUGCGGUUAGUAUGCAAGUUUAUGAAAACCGCUACAUCUUUGUUGGUUGUUAUGAUGGCUUUAUUUAUAUACUCGACAAAAGUACGGGCACCUUACGCGGUCAUGUGCCAGGUUCGGGCAAAGUGGUUUUAACUUUGGAAAUUGUAGGAAACAAAAUUAUUACAUCUGCCAAGGACAAUACGAUGAAAGUGAUUGAUGUACCAAGUUACUGCUUGACAGCCCACAACCAGAAGCUGUAAUUGUUCAGAAUUUAUGCUAAGAGAGCAUUUAGUCACGAUAACUGGAAUUUGGGAUUUCGUUUUGAUUUUUUUUUUAUUUACAAACACAGCAUGUAUUCAAUAAUUUAAAUCAAUUUGUU